UGUUUAAAAAACAGUGUGAAGAAGUUGCUCAUGAAAGCAACCCACCAACCUCCACUUGCUCCCUAUUCAUGCACCAUACUCUUGUAUAAAUACCAUCUCUUUCAACUCCCAAAAUCAGACCUUCUGAUCUUUCUCUCAAAAAUUUCAAAUUUCUUUAAUCUUCGAUUUUCCAAAUGGGUAUCCCUCGAUUUCAGAGAACAGUAGUCCCUCUUUUCUUUCUAAGUUUUCUCUUAUUAACCUUAGCUAAUUCGUGUCUAGCUGCAAGAACACUAACUUCAUUGUACCAACCGCCACCCUUGUCUCUGACAUACCAUAACGGUGCUUUGCUUGAAGGAAACCUUCAUGUCUCCAUUCUCUGGUAUGGCCAAUUUUCACCAUCUCAAAAAUCUAUAAUUGCAGAUUUUCUUCUCUCUCUAAAUCCAUCGGCUCCUUCAACUUCUUCUACACAACCUUCAGUCUCUUACUGGUGGAAAUUAAUCCAAACCUACCUCAAAAAAGCUGGCAAAAGAGAGACUCAUAUACUUCUGUCAACCCAAAUUUAUGAUACAAACUGCUCCUUAGGCAAAAUCUUGGAGAAAUCUCAGAUAACCGAGUUGGCCACCAAGGUUAACUCGAAACCCGGUGGUUUAACCCUCGUCUUAACAGCUGAAGACGUUGCCGUCGAAGGAUUUUGCAUGAGUAACUGCGGGUUUCAUGGCUCAAACACUAAACACGAGUCGCCUUUUAUAUGGGUCGGGAACUCGGUGACUCAAUGCCCUGGUCAAUGUGCAUGGCCGUUUCACCAACCUAUAUAUGGACCACAAACGACACCACUAGGUGCACCGAACGGCGACGUAGGUGUAGAUGGCAUGAUCAUAAAUAUAGCCGGUAGUUUAGCAGGUACUAUAACGAACCCAUUCGGGAACGGUUAUUACAUAGACUCCGGUGGCGUCCCAAUGGAAGCGGCUUCGGCUUGCACAGGGAUGUACGGGAAAGGAGCAUACCCAGGUUAUGCUGGGGAGCUUUUAGUGGAUUCUAGCAGCGGUGCUAGCUAUAAUGCUGUGGGCGUCCAUGGAAGGAAGUAUCUGUUACCCGCUUUGUUUAAUCCUUUGACUUCCGAAUGUUCUCCUAUUGUGUGAGCUAGGUGCUUCGGAUAUCGUGGCACUUUGCGAUUGGUGAUGGUCUGCUCUACAGCUGUGCUAUUGUACAUGUGUAUGUAUCUGAAAACCGUAAAAAUAAAUAAAUUCCCAAAUUAAAAAAAAAGUAUUUCCUUGCGUGGGUUUCUGGUUAGGGUUAUUAAACUUGGGCGGGCCGUCCAUUUCUAUUGGGCCAUGCAGUAUAUACUAAUUAUAUGUGGCCCAUAGCAAAAUGU